AUGCCCGGGUUCACGUGCUGCGUGCCAGGCUGCUACAACAACUCGCACCGGGACAAGGCGCUCCACUUCUACACCUUCCCGAAGGACGCGGAGCUGCGCCGCCUCUGGCUGAAGAACGUCUCCCGCGCCGGCGUCAGCGGCUGCUUCAGCACUUUCCAGCCCACCACGGGCCACCGCGUCUGCUCCGACCACUUCCCCGGCGGGCGCAAGUCCUACCUGGUGCGCGUCCCCACCAUCUUCCCCUUGCGGGGGGUCAACGAGCGCAAAGGGGCGCGCGGCGCCCGCAGACCCCGCCACGCCCCCGCCCAGGCNGGGGGCGUCGGGCCCGACGGCCUCCCGCUGGAGGAUGUCAAGCCCAUGGACCUGACGGUGCAGAUGGAGCUGGGGGGCCCCGGCGCCCUCAUGGGGCCCCCGGUCCACCUGGCCUUCCUGGCCGACAACGGGCCGCUGCUGGACCUCCCGCCGGACCAUUCCUACUCGCUGUCGUCGGGCACCACGUCGGACGAGCUGCUGCGCAAGCUGAACGAGCAGCGGGACAUCAUCGCCCUGCUGGAAGUCAAGAUGAAGGAGAUGAAGGGCAGCAUCCGGCGCCUCCGCCUGGCCGAAUCCCAGCUGCGGGAGGAGAUCCGGGAGAAGGACCGCUUGCUGCACGCUGCCAGCUUGGCUGGGGGGGUGGCCCGCAAGCGCCACGGCCUCUGA